AUGGUUUUUUCGGUUGUAUUUAUGCCUUGGUAUAAUGUGAAGACAAAAACAUCAUUCAUCACUCUUCUAGAAAUUCUGAAACAAAAGCUUCCCUUGAUUGAGUAUUCACAAAGAAAGAUGUUAAACUCAUCAGAAAUCGAGGAAGACUCAACCUCUUCUUGGCAAAAAUACCGAGUUUUCCUCAAUCCCAACUACUUUGCGGGUAUGUCCGUCUUCGCCUGUGGCAAUUUCAUAAAUCAUACUGUUCUGGCAUUAAUGACGGAGAUCAUACAGAAGAAUGAUGAAAAAAUCCUCGAAAAGGGCUCAACAGUCUCUCAGGUCAACACCCAAUUCAACAUCUCCAGAAUUGCUUUUGGUUGCCUUCUCAAAUUCUCUUUUGGACUCUUGGUUACCUUCACCCAAAAAAAACUCUCCGGCGGCGACAAGAACUUGAUUCCCUUUUUCCUUCAUUUGGUGGCGUUGACGUUGUGUAUUGUUGGGCUUGAAACCGCUCAUACACUUGAAGGAAUGUGGACUCUUUUUGUUGCCUUUGGUAUGCUUCAAGCAACGCCGUAUUUCUACUACUAUCAAAUCAUAAUGCUUUGCUUUCCAUUCGAUACUCAUGGAUUUGGAAUAACCUCACAGGACCUUAUCGGAGCCUUUUUCAAUUUUCUUGGCUAUCCCAUAGUAUUUGCUUAUGAAAAAACAGCAAAUUUUGAUGCGUUGAAGCAAGGCGUUUGGAUCUGUGGAUUUAUUGGUGCUCUGCCACUCAUUCUGCACUUGCCAUUUGCAUUUGAAAUUGGGCCAAAAUGGUUCCUGAAGUUGGACGAAAGAAGAAAGCAAAAGAUGAAUGCUGAAGCUAGUAAUUUAUGUCAUGAAAUGCAAGAAAGCAAUAAAGAAAUACUGUAA